CGAGGACACCGCCCGCUGUCCCUCGGCUCCGCCGCCCCGCCCCGGGCGCGCAGGUGUCGCACGGGGUGGGAUGUCCGCGGUGCCAUGGCGGGGGCUGCGAGGGACACCCCGGCGGGCGAGCAGGAGGUAGGGGCUGCGAGGGGCGGGGGCAGGGAGGCUUGGGGAGCCCCUCGGACACAGCCCUGGGCGAGAGCGGGGUCCCGGCACGCCGGCGUUUCGCUCCCAUCGCGGGCGGGUCGCGGGCACUCGGCGGGACUGGGGCAGCCCCGGUUUGUGCGGGGCUUCGUGCGCGGCCCCAGCCAGUACCUGGAACAGUUCUUCCACCCUUCCCGCCGCCCCUGCGCUCGCCGGGCAGCGCCGCGACCCCGGCGAUUUCCCUGGAAUGCGCCGCACGGGAUUUGCUCAGUGGCCGCUGCGGUGCCAGGGAAAAGCCCUUCGCUUCCCACCUCCUGUCCCCUCCAGGGCUGCCUCCCGGACCGAGGCAGGUGGGAUGCGGGAGGCAGGUGGGGUUCGCUCGCCCGGAGCCUCAGAGACUCCCAGUUUGCAGGGAUGUGUUGCGGUGUGAGCGAGGGAUCUCACGCUGCCUGCCCAGACGCGCUGCUCGCCGCCCCAGGGAUGGGAGGCAGGUGAGGUGAGCGAGGACUCCCCAGCUCCACGGCUCCUGGGGGAGCACCAGGGGAAACUGGGAAGGGGCAGCUUCCAAACAGAGGGGAUGAGGAAGCCUUUCACAGCAUGUUGGGUGGCAUUCAGCUCAUGGAGCUCUUCGGACACCCGGCGCGUCCUGUUCGGGCUUGAAUUUUUGUGUUUGGAAAGCAUCUGGGUGAAUUCAUGGCAUAAGUCUGCAGAUGUUGCACAGAUGCACCAAAUUUGUCUCACGGAGUUCCUCAGAGCUGCUUUGCCAGCAGCUGGAAGAAUAUCCUGAGAAAGCACAACUGUAUCCCACCUUACUCAUACUCCCUUUCCUAAGUGUCUGCACAAAAGCCCUGCUCCUGUUUUCUUCCACUCAAGGGUGGGCUGAUGUCACUAACUAAGCUGAAACCAGUCCUCAGGAUGCUCACUGUGAGGGACCUGGGAUGCCACCGUGACUGCCACGCUCGUGCUUUCAAGAGGCAGCUGUUUGGUCACUCACAGAACAGAAACAUUGCCAGUGUUAAUUCCACACUGAGAGAAAAGCUGACUCAAAAGCUGCUCCUCACUAGCUGCAUUUCAUUGUUUCUCAGAUAAACCUAGACUAGCAUUUAUCUUUGAGUCACAGGUUUCGCUCUCUGUUCUUACUGCUUUUAAAUUACUUGUUGGUUCAGUUCUGGACUCCACUGAUAACGAAUAGCUUAGGACAAAACGCGCCUGCUUCCCUAUGCCUGUAACACAGUUGCUGAGUUGCUUUCAAUGAAAUGAAACACUUUCUGUAGAAAUAAGAUGUUCUCCUGUAAAUACUGUAUUCAUUUUCUGUUCUGUUGGAGAAGGGAAAAUUUGCAAGUAUGGUUUAAACUUACAAGAGUAUUAAAAAUAAAGGAACUACAGCACAGGAGAAGCAUUAAUUUUCCACAACAACGUUUAAGCUUUCUAUUUAAGGAGCAAAAUCAAAUCUCUCAGCUAUUAUGCUUUCUUGGUUUGCCUUGAAACACAAUUAAAUUUGAUAUGAUGGGAGCGUGUAUAAGUGAGAAAUUGUCAAGUUAAUCUGAGAACAAAAAAAUUGUAACUUUCUUUGACCUUCUGUCCUCUUACCUCUCUUGCCAUCGUCUCACAUUUCUCCUAGAGCUUGUAGAAGCAAUUUGAUGUUGAUGUUCAAUUAUGCCACAGCCUCAAAACAAAACUUUGAUAGUACUUUUAUGUUUCAUUCCUUAUUUGACCUAUGCAUUUCUGUCUCUAAUGAUUUGUGGAGUACUUUCAGCUUGCUGACGAACCUGCACAGGUGAAGAAGUUGUUACUGGAUGUCACAGGAAUAAAACGCUUUGUGUUUUUUGAGGAAGCAAGGCAGCAGGGACACCCAGCCCUCGGAGGAAAGCCCUGAGAGCUGCUGAUAGCCAGCGCUCCGCCGUUGGCCACGCAGCCCUGCUCAGCGUUAUCCUGCCCAAGACAGCUUCUGUCAGCAUUUGUGAGCAAUAUCGUGCAAACCCAGCCAAGGCUGGGGGACUGGCUGCUGUAGAUCUGUAACAGACAGCGGCCACGUGCAUCUUCUGUGCCCUUAAUUGUAGGAAGCUAGAGAGAAGGAAAUGUUUCAGCUUUACUGGUGCAAGGUCCUACCUUCAUUUUACCACUUUCCAUUGCAUACUGAGGCAGAAAAUGUGGUUGUUACCAUAUGAAUUCAACCUAGAGAGACAAAAAUCUAUUAUGGGCUGCUUCUUUUUGAAAGACACUCCAGAAUGUAGUCUGAGGGAUUGCUUCUCAGCAGCUAGAAGCUCAGAGACUCUCAAUGAAGUUACCAGGCAUUACCAGUGACAGUGGCAUUUCCUUUCACAGUAUGUGACAUUGCCAUGCAGAACUGCUGUGGUGUUUAUGGCUUAAUGUACAAACAAGUUCCAAAAGCAAUUAGCCAAAAUAAAAGGAAAACAGGUAUGGAGCAGUGAUCAGGAUGUAACUUACCUUCCAAGGAGCUCAUGAACUGCAGAUUCCCUGUGUUUGUGUGGGUGAGCAGACAGGACACCUUUGUAUGCCAUGUCUAUCUGACAGCUUGUUUUAUUCUGAAAAUAACAAUUCAUAACCAAAAUUUAAUUAAAACUUAACUACUGCUGUGACCAAAGUAUUAACUUUGCUUCAAGGGGAUCUGGGAGCGUGGUUCAGAGAGUAGUUGAGCAGCAUUCUGGGUGUGUGUGUGGAAUUGCAGUGAGACUUCAUAAAAUAUGUACUAAGAUUGUCAAUUUCCUAACCAUGAAGCUGCUGUAAAGACAGGAGUACCACCUGCAGUAAGUUUAGAUCUUGGUUGACCUUUUUGUGUACCACAGCUUUAAUUAGAUUAUUUUUCAAGAACUUAACAUUCUUCAUCUUCUAAAAACAUUUUGGAAUAACUUAUGUUAUAUAGGGGCAUUUGCUUUUUCUCUUUUACCACAACCUUAGCUAUUGAAAGGACAAGGGGCAAUGGUUUCAAACUAAAAGAAGCAUGCAGGAAUGAAAUUCUUUCCUGUGAAGGUGUUGUGGACCUGGCACAGCUUGACCAGAGAAGCUGUGGCUGCCCCAUCCCUAGAAGUGUUCAAAGCCAGGUUGGAUGGGGCUCAGAGCAGCCUGGGCUAGUGAAAGGUGUCCCUGCCUAAGCAGAGGGGCUGGUUUGGAUGAUCUUCAGAAGUCCUCUCCAACCCAAACCAUUCAGUGAGUCUAUGAAAAUUACUAGUGAAGGGCUACAGGCUCUCGAUGUGCAGCAAGCUCUGCUAUGCCAUAGGAGGUGCCCCAAACCAAGUGGCAGGGAGUGCUGCUUCUUUCUUCCUGCAGAUCUACCUGCUAGACAUCGCCCAUAUUACUCCAUUUCAUGCCUCUUUGGUGCUGUUCAUUGGCAAAGCCUCAGGUGCAGUUACUGAUCCUGUUGCUGGCUUUUUUAUUAGCAAAAGUAGAUGGACAAAAAUUGGCCGACUGAUGCCUUGGGUGCUGGCAUGUACACCCUUCACGAUAGUCUCCUAUUUUUUAAUGUGGUACCUGCCUCCAUUUGUCUCAGGAAGAGUUGCUUGGUAUCUGACUUUCCACUGCCUUUUCCAGGCACUGACCACAUUGUUCCAAGUACCAUACUCUGCCCUCACCAUGUUUCUCAGCACGGAUCAGAAGGACAGAGAUUCUGCAACAGCGUAUCGAAUGACCAUGGAAGUGCUUGGGACCUUGAUUGGAGCUGCACUUCAGGGGCAGAUUGUGGCCAGUGCUCACGUCUCUCCCCACUGCGCUGUGAAUCCCUCAGUAAACACCACUGACUCCUGGCAUGACACUCCCAGCAUUCCAGACCCCUCAGAUCCCCUGUCUCAUCAAGCAAAAGUUUACAUGAUUGCAGCAGGGGUCAUAGCAGGUGUGUAUCUCCUUGGAAUUGUCGUUCUUUUUCUUGGAGUAAAGGAAAGGGAUGAUCCAUAUGCCUUAAAUUCAGACAGAGCAAUUCCUUUUUGUAAGGGGCUUGCACUCACCAUGAAGCAUGGUCCAUAUGUGAAGCUUACAGCUUCAUUUCUUCUCAUCUCGACAGCAGUUCAGCUGGAGCAGGGAAACUUUGUCCUGUUCUGCACUCACGCUGCCGGCCUCCGCAAUCACUUCCAGUAUUUGGUGGUGACCAUCUUGGUAUCAGCAGUGGUGAGCGUUCCCUUCUGGCAGAAGUUUCUGCAGAGAUUUGGCAAGAAGUGUGCAGCAUGUGGGAUUUCGUGGAUGAUUCCUUUUGCAGUCAUGCUAGUGACCAUUCCAAACCUGAUCCUGGCUUACUUCGUGGCCUUCGUCUCUGGUCUGAGCAUUGCAGCAUCUCUUCUCUUGCCAUGGUCAAUGCUGCCUGAUGUUGUUGAUAACUUUCGCCUGCAGAAUCCUCAUGGGAAAGGACAUGAAACCAUUUUCUAUUCUUCUUAUGUUUUUUUUACCAAGAUGUCAGCAGGAAUUGGCUUAGGAAUUUCUGCAGCAGGACUGGAGUUUACUGGGUACAAGCCAGGGAUAUGCAGACAGUCAGAUGAUGUGAUCCUCACACUGAAACUCCUCAUUGGAGCAGUCCCUGCCAUCCUCAUCCUUUUAGGUUUAUUUAUACUCCUUUUCUACCCCAUCACUGAAGAAAGUCGGAAAGAAACAAAGCUUGCCCUUGAAGAGUUAAGGAGAAGCCAUCAAAACACAGACAGCUUGGACAGCCACAAAAAGGACACCUCUGUCUGAAAGCUCUGAAUGCAGUGGCUUUCCAAACACAGACUCACAUCCCAUCAACAACUCUGUGAGAGUUUUCUAGGUCAUUUCUCUGCUCACAUUUUAUCAAAAAGGACAAAGGAUGAUUCUGACAUAGCCAGUAAUGAAAUCAAGAGAGGAGACCAUGGUGCAAAUAUACACCUAACUCCAUGUACUGUGCUAGAAAAGACAUUACACGUGUUCAGAAAUGCAAGCUAUUGAAGGCUUGGGGAUUUUUGUUUGGUUUUUUCAGUGAUUCAUGGGAAGCUGUGAUCCUGUUCAUGGGAGAUUUUAUGCAUUUGUAAAUUAAGAGGAAAAAAAAAAGAGUAAAUGUGACCAGAGAAUCUUUGAAUGUUCUGAAUUGGAAAAUACUCACAAGGGUAAUUGAGUCCAAUUCAUGAUGCACCAUCCAAGUAUUAACUCAAAAUAUGCUUCACCCUUGGGGGCUGGGGUGGAUUUUCAGCACAAUCUCUACCUGUAACUUGCACACUAUUGUGUUUGGAAAGCACUUGGGAACCUGAAGUGUACUAUAUGAAGUUAGGAUUUAUUUUGUUUUGAAAUUAAGCAAAUCACUCAUGCAGACAUAUUUUGAGGAAUUUUUUUCAUUUUUUUGAAAGAGAUUUUGAUGUACUCUAAGUUUAUAGAUUCUACAAGAAAUAGAACCCUGCAUUUCCUGUUACUGAUGUUUUCUGAAACCUGUAAACUGAUCUCUGUUAGAGAAUGAGAACUUCGCGUUUUCAAAAUCAACAUCUCCCCUGAUGAUAUGGAAAAUCAUAGUCCCUUCCAAAAAUUGUGUAAUUCAAAUUUCUUUAAAUUUUGGCCUUUAAGUAAUCACCAUACCCAUUUCUCACAUGGUGUAGGCUCUCUGCCUCACAAAAAACCAUGGCAUGGGUUUUAGUCUCAGCCUGCACCUAUUUUGUAAUAAUGAGACUAUACCAGUCUUUUAGAUGGUGGCUUUUUCCAGUCAGGGAUGUUGUCAUGCUUUAGAUAGAUCAACUCAUUUCUACUAUAGAUUUAUACUGUUGAGCACACUUUUUAAAUGAAAGACACACCUAAUCUCAGGCACCUUCUGGAGCACUGAAGUUCAGACCUGUUCAUUCUUGGCUUCUGUGAUGGUUCCAGAGACUGGCUCCAAGCCUUAGCUAAAAUGAUGGGACUCUGAAGACAUAUCUAAAUCUCGAAGGAAGAGUGAGGAACUCAAGAGGUUUGUUCACCUUGAAGAAAUUAUCACAAUGCAAGACAAGACAUGAGUUUCAUCCCACUGCCUUCCCUGAGUGCCUCUGUGAGUGCCUUUUUGCUGUACCAGAAGUGCCUUUGGAGGAGAGGCUUGCUGCUGUUCGGGAGCACCUGGAGGAAGUGGCCACCUGUAAUUUGCUCAGGGCCAUCAGGGAAGUGGCUCACAGUGCUGGGCUGGAAAACUGAGAAAGAUUUUGCUGAAGGACGCUGGUAUGUAAAAUCAGUGCAACCACGGAGCGUCUCAUUGAGUUUGAUACUGAAACCUUGUCAGGCAGGUUUGAAGUCAAAGGCCUUAUGAACUGUCCUCAAAAUGCUUAAUUGUGAGGGCGCUUCUGAAGUAUAUUUGGAGUGUAUGUGGGUAAGAGUUAACUUCAUUUAGGAUUUCUGUUGACUUGCCAUCUAAGGCUGGGGUUUUUUGUUUUCUUCGUUGUUUCAGUUUUUGGACAAACCAAGAUAUGUAUGCCUGGGGCAUAUGUGUUUACAACAAUAAAAACCAUAAGCCUGUUUA